CGCACUAUUGACUGGUUUACGAUGAAAACUGAAACCAGACCAUAAAGUGUGGAAACGUUGUCGUUGGAAACUUUUCCUUUAUUUUUUUCUGUAACCUGUUAGCUAAAAUUAUGUACAAAAGAAAACUCUUAGCUUUAGAUUAUCCUCAACCAGAGACGUUCAAUUCCGAAGAUGAGAAUUACUUUAGAAAUUUUAUUGUUUGGUUGGAAGACCAGAAAAUUCGACAUUAUAAGAUUGAAGACAGGACAGGGCUACGUAACAUGCCUAGUAGUGAUUGGACAAAACAUUUUCAGCAGUAUUUAGAUGAUUUAGGAUGUCCUUACCAAACAUCCCAAAGAUCUUUAUUAAUUGAUUGGAUAUUAGGAUACUCAGUCAGAUUAGAAUAUGGUGAUAAUGUUGAACAGUAUAAGACAGUUACGCCAGAGAAAGUGACACAAAGUAAAGCUCCACCUGGUGUCUCGUCAAAUCCAUUAGAUAAUUUAGAUUUUGAUGAUCCAGACUUCAAAGCUGGUAUACAAUCCCUAUCUAUGAUUUUACAAGUACCUCCAUAUAACGAUCAUUUAGAACAACUUAAGGCUAUUUGCUUAGUUGUCAAAGACAGAUUAUCAAAAGAAGCAUUAGACAGAGCUGAAAAAUAUAAAGAGGAUAAUAUAGAACAUCUUGAAUUAGAAAAUACAUCAUUAGGUUUUGAUACAGGAGAUUAUAUAAUCAAUGAAGCUGCAAAGAUUUUACGUUUAAUUCAUAUAAGAGAUUUACGAGAUCUACAGAACCAAAUUAACCAGGCUAUUGUAGCUGUGCAAGCUUUGAUAGCUAAUCCUAAAACAGACAGUAGACUUGGCAAAGUCGGCAGAAUGUAAAUUCCAUCCAAGUAUUGAUAAUGACGCAAAAUAAAAUAAGUGCUAUUUUACCUUGUCCUUCAGUUAGAAGAACAGGGACAUUGAUAUUUUUGCUUUGCUGCAGAUGCCAAAAAAAUGUAUUAAAUAUAGUUCAUUCAGCAUUUAGACUGAUCAGUUGUAUGGGCUCAAUAACUUAUUGAUGACUUUUAAUGUCCCUUCCUCUAGGCAAAGGUGGGCAUUAAGUGUUACCCUGGUCUUUCUGUAUGAACGUCAAAAAAUUGCUUUACAUUCUCUAACUUAUACUAAGUUUUUUUUGGAAACUUAAGCACAAUGCUUAUUACCAUAAAACACAGAUUAAUUUGAGUUAGGUUGCAUCACUUUGCAGUUCUCUAGUUAUGUCCCUUUAUAAUGUUAUAUGCAAGCGUCUAUAUACAUUUAUAUCGAGAAGAGUGAACACCGCGGAAAAAAAUCCACAAAAAGGGCUUUCUUACCCAUUGAAAUUUUUUCGAUUAAGAUUAACCAUUUGUCCUUAUCAAGGUACUUCUUUUACUUUAGGGUUUUCUGUAUUAACUGUUCAGCUUAGUUUUAUUUUAGAGUUGGGCUAAUUAGGGUCAGUUUAUUGGUUAGGGCUAUGCUGAGAGUUCAGCUUAAGUUUUGGGGUUUGUGUAGCUAUAUUUGGUUUGGACCCCUUAAGUAAAAGAAGACCACUAAAUGGACAGUACUAAUUUCUUCAAUGAUCUAUCACAAUUUGGUGUUAAUUUUCUGUUAAUUUGUAUGAAGUAUAACUUGCUGGUGUAACUAACUUUACCUUUACAUGAUCUGUACAGUGUACACUCUAUUUCUAAUAUGAAAUCAUUGAAGUGUACAGUGUACACGCUAUUUUCCAAUAUGAAAUCUAUAAUUGAAGAAGGUAAAUAGUUUUAAGGACACAGUACUGUUUGUUUUAUUUUUCACAAGUUGUUUUUAUUCCAUUGUUACAUAUGUACUUAAAUGUGAAUGUUUAAACAUGUACAUGUAAGUGCCAAAUAAAACUUAUCUGAUCUGCUAGAUAUAAAUGGUUCAUAUUUAUUACACUAGAAUAUAUGUAAAACCUACUUAUUUGUAUUGAUGUAACUUCUGUUAGAAAUUAUUUAUUUUUAGGGUCCUGUUCAAAUUGUCAUAGUACUUAUAUAUGUUGGAUUGUGUUAGUGGUUCCAGUAUAAGAUUAACCACAUUUUGUCUAAAGGUUGUAAACAAGCCCAUUAACUCACAAACUGAAUUAAUGUCUUGUGAGUCAAUAACGACAACCUCUACAAAACAAUUGUUAAAUCCUAAUUCUCAACCCAGAAAUUCGUAAUUGUUUACUUUCAAUUUUAAACUUUCUAAGAACCCAAGGAUUCAAUUCUUGUAUAUAUUCCUUAAAAUUAUACCACAAUGAAAUCCACAUAGUGUUUAUUUAUAUAGGUUACAACAGCAGUUUCUAUAGCAUAGUCUAUUGAAGUGAAAUCCAGUGGUUGAAUCUGAUGGUUUCUCAUACCUGCCAACUGUCACUAUUUGUGGGGGAUUUCCCCCAUGGAGGCUCCCAAAUUGAAAUUUUGAAAGAGCAAUUUUGUCCACAAUUUAAACAAAAAAAUAAUUUUACAAUGACUUUCGGCUUAUAAAAGUAUGAAGAAGCCAAAAACCAACAUAAAAAUGUAUUUGCAGGCCCCCUUGCAGGGUUUUUAGGACUAUGACAGCCAUCUUACAUGCAAAACCCCCAUGGGCAUUUUGAAAAGUAGGCAGGUAUGAUUUCUCAUUACUUUCAGACAAACAAAACUUUGCUUUCUUGACAAUGAAUUGAAUUUGACCAAUGAAAAAUUGACAACUUGUCACAAUCUAACCAAAAAUUAUUAUACAAAAAAUUAACAAUCAUAGUCUUGGAAAAAUAUAAAUAGGCAUAGAAUAUGAAAAUGUUGUUAAUAACAUCACCUUCUUCAUACUUAUUCUAAUAGCCUACUACAGGGUAUGCAUAUUGUUCAUUACCUGUUAUUUUUACAUCUUUUUCUCUUUUUUUUUAUUUAUGUUUUGGAUAGUUGUCUCAUUUUAACAAUUCUCCUUCAUUGUAUGUAUACAAAUGUACUUAUUAUGGUCAACUAUUGAUGUAAACUAUUUGUUAUAGGUUGAAUCAGUUAAUGCAAUAAAUGGUUCAAAAAGGGAAAUAUUU